AUGUCUGAAUCUAACAGAAAACUAUCGCCACGAAAUCACCCUCUACCCCGGAGCCCGUUGACCCGAGCCAUCCAUUCCGAAGGCUCUGGGUUACAAGACAUAACCACCGCAACUUUCGGCCCAGCAGUUGGGCCGGAUAUCACCGUCUCGACUACCUUCCGUAUCCAGCCUCCAUCCGAUCUCGUCGCUCUUCAGCAGAAACUUGGAGAGUUACACGCGCACUCAGGUCUCAGCUCCAACAAUGCCAAUACCCCCAGCUUGUCCGGUCCAGGGGACUCGUCCCACUCUACUAGAUCUCCUCUGGGGAGUUUACACGCUUAUAGGAGACAUUCGCAACCGGUCUUGGCCCAGACAGAAAAAACUCUCGGGAGCAUUUUGAACGGGGAAGUUUUGGUUUAUUCCUCCGGGCUGUCAGCCGCUUUUGCUGCACUUAUGCACCUCAGUCCAGACGUGAUCGCGAUCCGUGAUGGUUAUCGAGGCUGCCAUGAAACAAUUAAGCGAUACUGCCAAUUAAGGGGCAUGAAUGAAAGGAACUCAGUGGAAGUCAAAGUGAUUGAUCUUGAUGAUGCAUACCCCCUUCCGGAAAGCGGGUUGAGGGUUCUCGUGUGGCUCGAAACUCCAGUCAAUCCCACCGGAGAGUGUCGCGAUAUUCAAGCUUAUGCUCGAAAAGUUCGACAAUGCUCAGCGGGUUCCGAACUGCUGGUCGAUUCGACGCUUGCACCCCCACCGUUAUCGAAUCCGUUUGCCUUUGGGGCCGACCUGGUCUUGUACAGUGGCUCGAAGUACUUCGGCGGCCACUCUGACACGCUCUGCGGAAUCCUUGUGACGCACAAGUCAAACCCAUCUCGCUGGCGCCGGUUAUGGAACGACCGGACGCACCUCGGCAUGCUCCCCGGCUCACUCGAAAGCUGGCUGCUCUUGCGCUCAAUCAAAACACUCCAGCUUCGUGUUAUCCAUCAGUCCGAUACCGCCACCCGAUUGGCUGUUUGGCUGAACAGCCUCACCGAAAGAGACUAUCGCUCCGACACCGAUCCUGACGAGACCCGCCGACUAGUCACGCGUGUCUGGCACUCUUCCUUCCAGGACGGCGGCCGUUGGGUUGGCUUUGAUUCACAAACCAACGCACCUCGUCAAAUGAUGGGGGGCGGCUCACCUUGCUUCUCCUUCAUGCUCCGACGGGCCAUCCAUGCCAAAUGGCUUCCAUACCUCACCCAGCUUUUUAUUCCAGCCACAUCUGUAGGCGGGGUAGAAUCACUCAUUCAGCACCAAGUCCAAGCCGAGCCUUCCGCAGACCCUCGAAUCGUCCGAAUAAGUGUGGGCUUGGAAGACUUUCAGGAUUUGAAGAAUGACCUCAUUCAAGCAUUUGAUAAAGUUAUCAGGUACGAACGCCACCACAGCAAAUUGUGA